CGGCCGUUUUCCAGCGACCAAAUCGGCGACUAAAAAAUUUAGUCGGGGAAACUUAAAAAUCGACUUUUGGAGACUAAAAAUCUAGUCGCCAAAUGUAUUUUUUCUUAUAGUGGAAAGAAGUUAUCAAGAUAGCAGUUAUUAGCAAUGAUACACGCAUAAAGAGAAGAAGUGGCCCUAAGAAGUAGCUACAAGAAAAGAGAUCAUGGUGAGAAAAAGUAGCUCAACUGAUUCAAAGGCCAAGAGAAGAUUAUAAAUAGAUGAAUGUAAAGAUGAAAGAGCCUCCUCGAACAAAUCUAGACUUUAUAUCUUUGUGAUUUCAUUUAUCUUUAAAUUUCAGUACUGCACUUACUUUUCAUAGAAGUAGAUUAAAGUAGCUCUUGUAUUUUCAGAAUUCAAUCUUUGAAAUUGCCUUUAAUAAAAAUAACAUUUUGUAAUUGCAUUAUUCAGUUAAUCAAUUAUAUUUUAUGUCCAGUCUCUCUCCCCCAUUUUGUUUCAAAUUCAAGUUUUAUUGCAUUGGUUCUUACUAAAACACAAUCAGUAAAAUCUUCUUUAUUGAGACUGAAAGAACCUAAUCACAAUCACCUAAUAAGUAAAUUGAAUUAUAAAUUCUGUAACAACUUUUCAAAUCUUUACUAGCAGGUGACAAUUACAUUUUUAUUUUUCAAAGUGUCAAAAUAGCCAACAUAUGGAGACAGAGAAUCUAAUCACAAAUAACCUUGUGUGUAUAGUAAAAUAAACAAGUACUUUUAGAUUCUUUCUUUAAAACGAAGGAUUGUUAAAAUCCCCGGAGACAUGGAAGAUCGCAAUUAAUUGAUAUGAUCAACAUAUCAAAUUUAACACCCCCGCCCCCCAAUUAACUCCAAUAUACUAUUAUAGGCGGUGCAAUAUCUUCAAAAAAACAGUUUGAAGGUACUUGUUGACUUUUGUGUGUAUAUAUAUGUGGAGUCACCAAGUUAGUUAUAUUGCAUUGUUGAGGAGACAGAGAUCUAGAGAGAGAGAGAAAGACAUCUAGAGAGAGAAUGAAGUACAAUCAGGUGACAUUGAACUGUGGCUCAACCAUACCCAUCAUGGCUUUGGGCACUUAUUCUUCUCAAAAUGAUAGAGAAGAAACCAAACAUGCAGUCCAAACAGCUCUUAAGAUGGGGUACAGGCAUUUUGACACAGCAAAAAUAUAUGGUUCAGAAGCAGCUGUGGGAGAGGCAUUAACAGAAUCAAUCCUUAAUCAGACGGUUGAGAGAGAAGACAUUUUUCUCACUUCCAAACUGUGGGGAAGUGAUCACCAUGAUCCUGUCUCAGGGCUCACUCGAACUUUAAAGAGGUUGGGGAUGGAACAUGUGGACAUGUACCUGGUGCACUGGCCAGUGAAGUUGAAGCCAUGGGCUACAAAUGCAGUCCCAGACGAAGCUGAGUUCGAACCAGUACUGGACCUGGAGACCACUUGGGGUGGCAUGGAGAGAUGCUUGGACAUGGGAUUGUGUAGGAGUAUAGGUGUCAGCAAUUUCUCCACCAACAAGAUCCAACGUCUCUUAGAUUUUGCUUCUAUUCCUCCUGCUGUCAAUCAAGUGGAAAUGCAUCCAAGGUGGAGGCAAACAAAGCUUAGAGAGUUCUGUGGGGACCACAACAUCCACAUAAGUUCAUAUUCACCACUUGGUGGACCAGGGAAUGCAUGGGGAUCAACGGCUGUGGUUGAUGAUCCAAUCAUCCAAUCCAUUGCCCUCAGGCACAAGGCAACCCCAGCUCAGGUUGCCCUAGGGUGGGGUUUAUCAAAGGGUGCAAGUGUAAUUGUGAAGAGCUUCAACAAAGAAAGGAUGAAGGAGAACAUGGGAGCCCUUGAUCUGAGAUUGGACGAUCACGAUUUACUCAAUAUUGAAAUGAUGGAGGAGAGGAAAAUUAUGAGAGGGGAGUUCCUUGUUAAUCAAACAACAAGUCCUUAUAAGACCAUACAAGAUCUAUGGGAUGAUGAGAUUUGAUCAUGAAUCUAUUAUUGUAAUACCAAGCUUUAAUAUUCCAAUUAAUGGCAUGAUUUAAAAUUGAUUAUAUGUUACAUAUGUUUGUAAGGGUGC